GAUAGAGCCCUCGCGAGUCAAUACAUAAUGAUUAAAUUAUUAAGUUGUUUUGUUUUUGCUGCAUUCUUGUGUACCACAGAAUGUAAGCGCUACAGAUAUGAUUAUUCAUACGAUUGUGAGGUGGAUGGAUGGUUCAAGCUUCACCUGGUGCCAGCCACGUGGCACGACGCCUGGCUGCGCUGCCAGCUCGAAGGAGCAGUUCUAGCAUCUCCAGACAACAGAAACAUGAACCUGGCAAUGAGGAAGGUCAUGAAGAAUAAGCAAACCACAUGGAAUGGCGUCUUCACUGGAAUUCACGCCACAUUUUCUAAAGGGGACUUCUUUUCUGUCGAAGGUAUUCCUUUAUCCAAAAUGUCAGUAGAGUGGACACCAGUAGAACCUGACAACAAGAACAAUCAUGAGAACUGUAUCCUGUUGGUCUCCAACGGCACCAUCGCGGACGUGAACUGCGACGAAGUACAUCCUUACAUGUGCUUCAAAAAGAAGACCAAGAAUAUGGUGUUUAAUGGAUGUGGAACCUUCGACUCAGCGUACAACUUGGAUCCUCGGACCGGCAGCUGCUACAAGUUCCACCGCGUCCCCCGGAACUGGACCCGCGCGUUCAUGACCUGCGCAGCCGAGGGGGGGCACCUGGUCAUCAUCAACAGCCAGCAGGAAGCCAACGUCGUCCGAGAGCUGUUCGCAAAGAACCCUCGGAACACCAUAAUCGCUACCAAUCUUGAUGGCAUGAAAGACGUCAUUCACAUCGGAUUCCAUGACUGGGACGAACGUGAUGCCUGGCACACUAUUGACGGUAAACCGCUCAUCGAGGCCGGAUACAGUCUAUGGGCGGAGGGGCAGCCCGAUAACGCGGCGCCGGGCGAGUACUGCGGGGGAAUGUUCCGCAACGGACGCCUGGACGACAUAUUUUGCCACGAGCGCGGGCCCUUCGUGUGUGAGAAGAGCCCUGACAGCCUCCUACAGGAAGAGGACCUCUGAGGACAGCUAUCAUCAUCAUAAUCAUCAUCGUCAUUGUCAACUACUGAAAAUAGGCUUGUUGUAAGGAUUUGUUAACACUUCUUGGUAAUCUUUGUAAUCGCCGUAGGGUCGCGAGUCUUUCGGUUUUAAGCAAAAUAUAUUUCGGAGAGUGUGCGCAGGAGCUAUUUGAGCUCGUACCACCGUUACCACUUUACCAUCGCACUGCAAGACAUCGGGUGGGCUUCCAUUCACAUGUCAUUGACAUCUCUAGAACUCAUACGAGAGUGGUAUCUUCUAUGCAAGCGUGUUUCACCAGGUGGUUGGGAGUGAUCGUGGUAAAGCCAUAUAAAAAAGCACAGUCUUUUACCACAUGUAUCCAUAGGCUUGCUGUAACUCUCUGUACUUCAACAACCAACGGCUUCCCCGAAUAGUGCAUAGAAUAAAGAGUAUAAAUAAGAAAAUAUUAAUAAUCAUAAU